AAUAUGAUUCUUUUCCUCAUAUUUAUGUUCUCUGUUAGUCAGGCGCAAAGGAUUGUGUACAAUACCACACAUUGCAAAGAUGAUAGUUUACUGUUUAAUUCCACCAAUGUUUUGCCGCACUCUCCAGCAUACGCCAUGUCGAUUUCAAGUUCGACAUAUCAAGCAAAUAAGCCAAUCACGAUUGAUGUAAGAGCUUGUCAUAAACAUGGUAUUCGAGCUUUUUUGCUGAAAGCUUCGAUUCAGGGAUACGUUCCUGUUAGUUCGUUCGAUCCUUUGACACAACUGGGAACAAUAUUGGUAUCUUGUGGAGUAAGAGAGUUGAGACAGAAUCGCAUCCAGUAUAAUAACAAUCCGAGCUUAGAAUUGAUGAAAUUUCGUUGGAUUCCACCGCAAUCUGCGCAUGGAAACAUCACCUUUCACUUUACUGCUAUACCUACGGUUCCGUCCAUCUAUUGGUUAACAUUUUCAAGCAAUUAUCAACUGGGUGACGAAACUUACAUCAGCGUCCAGCAGAAAUGUUCAGCCGACGGACGACUACUGUAUAGUAUAACAACAUUCACAGCUGCUGUUGUUCUGGUGAUAGCCCAACACGUAUUUUAACAUGGAUGAAAAACAAAUUACGAAAAAAAAUUAUUCU